UCUGCUUAUCCUUUAACACUGCCCCCCCAACACUGCAUGCCUCUUUGGUCAUGAUUAAGGUGAUACCCUUGGGAAAACUAAUGUGGAUUUCAGCCCACUCAGGAUAAAAACCGAUUCAAGAUUCCAGCAUCUCAGAUGAAUGUUCCAGUUCCUGGACUCCAGUGAUAGAGGAGGAUGUAGCCUCCUCCGACCGUGCUCUGUGCAAGGCGCCGGACUGCUUGGUGCGGCCAGAGAGCAUCCCUCAGCAUGAACCUCAGAGUGACAAAGGCAAAAGGAGAAUGCAGUUCAUGAGCCCUGAAGGAGCUCAAGCAUGGGACAGUCACUAAACCACAGCAUUGUUCGCUGCAGAAAAGCGUGUACAUUACCUGUGCCACCAAACACAGCUCUUCUGAACUGAAAUUCAAAUAUUGAAGACUGACACUAGGUAAGGGAAUACCUGGCACAUUUACAUUCCUGCCUGAGCACCUGUGCCACUGAAGAGGAGCGGCGCCAAAAUCUCUCUCCCCACCAGCUCUAUAAAGCUCCUGUUUCCAUACGUGAUGCUCAGACAAAAAGGCAGGGCACCAGCAGCUGCUGUCCUGCACUCAGCGUUGGCCUUACAACCUACUUCUCCCACCCAGAACCGCUCCCUGCCUUGGAGAAUGGAAGCUUGCCAACCUCAAGAAAAACAUGUCAAUUCAUACGAUAUCAUUGUUGUGGCAGUCAUCACAGUUCAGACUUGUGCUGGAAUGCUGAUAAAUGCUUUCAUCGUGGCUGUGCAUUGCAUUGCCUGGAUCAAAAAGAAAAACUUAACCUCCAGUGAGAAGAUCUUGAUGUUUCUGGGGUGCUCCAGGUUUUGCUUGUUGUGCAUCACAUGGGUACAUACCUUUCUUUCAAGAAUUUAUCCUGAGUUAUUUUAUGUGAACACCAUACCCGAAAUACUUUCAGUUCUUCUCACCUUUUUAAUUUCUUCCAACUUGUGGGCUUCUGCCUGUCUGUGUGUUUUUUAUUGUGUGAAAAUUGCAAAUUUCAGGCAUGUCUUCUUCAACUACCUGAAAGUAAAUAUUGACAGGAUUGUGCCAUGGCUGUUGCUGGGUUCAUUGUUUUUAUCCCUACUCGUCUGCAUCCCUAGCUAUAAAAUGACUCACAAAAUGCUGUGCAACUACAUCAAUGCCACCUUCCUUGGAAGUUCCUGGAUGUUGAAUGUCAAAGCAGACAGUCGUUUUACCUUUUUUUUUGCCAGUGGCUUUGGAUUUUCCAUGGCAUUCGUGACAUUAAUUCUUUCAGCCCUUCUCCUCCUCUUUUCUCUCUGGAGACACAAACGCAACAUGCAAACCAGCUCACUGAAGAACCUCAGCGUGGAAGCCCAUGUCAAAGCCAUGAAAGCUAUUAUGUACUACUUCUUCACUUACAGCAUUUACUUUACAUGUUUGAUCUUCUCAAUGCCUUAUAGCGCUCAGAGUAAAAAUCCUCUGAUGUUUCUUUGUUUAGUAUUUCAGUAUGCUUUUCCAGCUGUUCACUCCCUUAUUCUGAUUUUCGGAAAUCCCCAACUGGAAAAGAUAUUAUUAAGGACUCUGCCCUGUGUGAAGUGCAAGGUUUGCAGAAGUUAGGAACUGUAAUAAAAGCUACAUUGUCCUUCAGCUGGAGCACGUUAAAAAUGUUGAUUUCUUUUUUAUUAAAAACAAGUCAUUUAAUUUCUAAGGAAACUAUCCUGCCAUUGUGAAGUGAUACAGAUGUUCUU